UAAAGCAUAAGAGUAAAAUUUUAUAACCCUAACUUUGUCAUUAACAUCUAAGGAAAGAAGAAAAAUUAAAAAAAAAAUGAAAAAUAUAAGAAAAAUAUUAUUAAUUUUAUUCUUCGGUACGAUUUUUUUUAUAUUUUCGUUGUAAUGUCUGUGCGUCAAAAAUUUAUCACUCAUAAUAAUCAAAUAACGACUAUCAUAAGAAAAUUUCAUAUUUUAAAUGAUACUGAUUUUUCGUGUUAUAACGAAACAACCGAUCCUGAUGGUUUAAUGGAAUUAAAUUAUGAAAAGGAAGGACCAACAUUGGGAAAUUGUAUUUUCUUUCAUGAAACCUCAUGUUUCGGAGAUUCUGGAUUACUUUUAAAUCCAAGACAAGCAUGUGCAGUUGAAUCAGCAGCAUUAAUGAAUCCAAACAUGAAUGUCUACCUUCUAUAUUUAUGUGGUUCGAAAAUUUCGAAAUCUGCUGAUAUAAUGAUUCAACAACUUCGGAGUUAUAAAAAUAUAAAAAUCCAACGAAUUCAUAUCGAUAAAUAUAUGAAAAAUACACCAUUGGAAAAAUGGUAUGCCCGUGGAAUUUUAAAAACCAGUAAAUGGCCAAUAAAUCACAUGUCCGAUAUUAUGAGAUAUCUCACAUUAUGGAAAUAUGGUGGAAUUUACAUGGAUUUGGACGUUGUUGUUAUUAAAUGUUUGGAGGAUUUGGAAAAUUUUACCGGUGCAGAAGACGCAAUACGUAUUGCUGCUGGGAUAAUUGGAUUUGGAAUGGGAAAACUUGGUAGAAAAAUGGCUAAUAACAGUAUAACGGAUUUAAAGCACAAUUUUUUAGGAUGGGCCUGGGGAAACAAUGGUCCAGGUGUAAUAACUAGAACACUAAAAAAACUUUGUAAUGUCACAUCAGUACAAAAUAUGACAAAGGACCAAUGUCAGGGUUUUGAUGUAUUUCCUCCUUCAGUGUUUUAUCCAAUUUUUUAUCCUAGUUGGAGAAAAUAUUUUACAACUGACAAUACAAAUAAAACAAUGAAUACAAUUGAAAAAUCAAAAGCAAUUCAUGUUUGGAAUAAAUUAAGCAAAUUGGAAAAAGUUCAAGUUGGUAGUAAUGUACCAUAUGGUAAAAUAGCCGAAAAAUAUUGUCCAAAAACUUAUAAAAAUUGUGGUACAAUUUUUUAAAAUGGACGAUUAUUUAAGAAAAAUUUUAUUAAUUUAUAAAUAAUGGCAAAAAUGUGUAUAUGCUAUAAUUAAGUCAAAUGUACAAGUUACUUCGGACUUCCUGAUAAUGUUAACAAAUUGACCAAAUGAGACUGUUAAUCGUCUGUACAAAGAAAAGGAUAAGAAGAAGUCAAAAUAAAACUUCGUAUUUCCUUUUAGAAACAAAACAAAUGAUCAGUACUGUCAUUAUCAAAAUUUAAUGAUGAGUCAAAUUUUUUUGCUGCUAAUUAUUAUUUUUUAUAAUUAAUUAAUUAUUUAAUUUACUUAUUACCUUUAUAUUACUUCAAAUAUUUAAUUUCAGAAAUUUAUAAUAUAAAACAAAAAUUAAGGAUUAUUAUUUUUUGUAAAGUAAUUCUUUUGACAAUUAUAAGAGUGACAUUGA